AUGGCUUCGAAAGAAGGUGAAUUUCGGAUAGAAUGCAUCAAUAAUGUUCAUUAUGUGACUCACAUGUUUUGUAAGUAUCCUUUAAAAUUACUCUCCGUGAACACAAAAUUGGAUUUUGCAAUUCUUUACAUUUUGAGUUAUGGAGGUGGGCUUGUAUCGGGAGACCAGGUAGCUUUGAAGAUCCAUGUAGGAAAAGAUGCCACGUUAUGUAUUCAGACCCAGGGAAGUACCAAAGUUUACAAGGAGACCCGAGUAGGGAAAAUUACGCGUCAACUUAUGGACGUACACAUUGCAUCGAAUGCCACUUGUCUAUUGCUACAAGACCCUGUUCAACCAUUUGGAUCUAGUAAUUACAUGCAAAUACAAAACUUUACCCUAGAGGAUAGUAGUUCUUCACUGGCACUAUUGGAUUGGACUCUUCAGGGUCGAAGUCAUAUGGGAGAACGCUGGUCGAUGAAGUCUUACACCUCCAAGAAUAUCAUUAAAAGUGGACUUGAUGAUAAAAGCAAAUUUUUUGUUCUUUUGCGAGAUACGCUACAGCUGAUAAAUGAACCAGGUCUCCAUAUUGGCAGUAAAGCUGACCGGAUGAACAACUUUGAAUGUGUUGGCAGUCUGUACCUUGUAGGACCAAAGUUUGAAGCAACGAAAAAAGGAAUUCUAGAGUAUUAUAAAAAUGUGGAAAGCCGCAUGGGAAAAACCAUUAGCUUACAUGAGCAGCCUAAUGCUUUUUGGACUGCCUGCGAGCUUCGCUCAGUUACUAUUGUUAAAUUUGCAUCUUAUUCUACAGAAAAGGCUCGAGAGUUUCUUCUUCAACUGUUCAAAGAUUUUGCACCUGAUAUUCAUCGUGAAGCUCUUCGCGCUUUCUGGUAUUAA